UGAAAAGUUCAACAGAAUUAAAAAUAGUACAAAUUUUGAAUUAAAUAUAACAAAGUAAUAACUGAAAAUAAAAUACAUAAAAAGAAGUAUAAAAAGGAAAAAACAAAGAUUCUAUGCUUCCAAUCUUCUUGGCAGCGGUUAUAGAUAUGUUUAUAUUUUACUCUCUUAAGGUUACAUCAUAUAUUUAUUUCCAUAAACUAUUCUUUCUAAUCUUCAAACCCAUAAAUCACAUGUUCACUUUUCAGCAAAAGGUUCCAGUCAACAGGGUUCCAGUCAACAAAUAUAUAUGUAGUAGCUAUUGAUCUUUCUCUAACUAAACAGAUGGCAAAUCUCUGCUGGUUCCGUCAUCUUCACCAAUCUUGUACCAGAUGUCUAUGCAGUUUUGGAUAAAUAAUGCUGCAAAGAACAGAUAUAAUUGUAUCUCUAAGACCUCUGGAUUUAUUAUAUUUCUUAUCCAUCCUUUCAUAGAAAAGGAUCAGAAAAGGAAAGAGCAUUGUAAAUAAAUAAUUAGCUUCCAAAAUGGUUUUAUCAGAAGAGAUUUGUUUUGUGGGACCGUGGCCUCAGUUAAUUAGGUGAUGUACUAUUGUCAUAGCAUUUUUCUCACAAAUACUAGUAAAAAGGUAUUUGGCCAAAGCAUGAUGAGUUGUCAGAAGAACAUUAAACUUCAUCUUGUACUUGAGUCAAGUUCUUGAAAUGAUUGUCUUGGUUAAAGACUUGCUAUUAGAGAAUAUAUAAAAAUAUUGGAUUAAAACUUAGACAGAAUUAAUGACUCAUAGAUUUCACAGUCUUUACCUGUGUCUGCACUGAAGCUCAGAAUAUAAGAAAUAAACAAGAAGAGCUUAAGUAAUAUAGGAAAGUAAAUAUAAUUUAUUAGGUAUAUUAAAUAGACAUGAUAACAGUGGAGAUCCUGGUAGAAUGACUUCCAUAAUUGGAAUAUAGCAGCUAUCCCCAACCUUUGCGGCUUGGCAGCCCAGCUGGGUGGAGAAGGGAACUGGACCAUAUGAGCACACACAAGCAGCCCUUACACAAGCAGUGGGCCAGCAUGUUCGCGAGUGUCCACCAGCCCACCACUCAUCCAAGUUCAGCUGUGCGCAUACUCUGGCCAGCCACUCAUAUGGCCCAAUUCUGAACAGGCCACGGCCUAUCUUGCUCUAUGAAUCAUCUGUCACAACUUGUUAAUAAUACUGGUGACAAUGUAGACACGUUGCCCAGUGUUCAGAGCUUAGGUCAUUCUCACCAUUUUUGACAUUAUUGACUACUGUAGGCUCACUUGUUCUCAACAAUAGGGUACAGAGGUAGUUCUUGUUUAACUAUCAGAACUGGGACCAGCAAUUCAGUUACUAAGCAAAGUGGUUGCUAAGUGAAACUGUGACGAACAGUUAUGAUCUUACUUCAACUUUCCUUUGCUUUACAGACUAAUGAAGGUCAUAAAUUUGAGGAAAAGUUUUUUUUAAUCACCAUCUGGAUUUGGCAACAUUAUGUUUGGAAGGUAAUGAGGGUUGGAUGACAUAAAAAUUAAGUAUACAUAAGGGCUGGUUUGACAAUCACACUGAAGAUGCUCAUACUGCAUGAACCCAGAGUAAAAUAUCGCCAGGUACUACAAAAUCCAAUUCAGACCCUGUACUUACAUUUUGUAUUAAUGAGGUACAGGGCAUUAUCAAAUGUGCAAAUGAGUCUAGAACAGAGGUCCCCAACCUUUUGGGCACCAGGGACCAGUUCCGUAAAGAGAGGUUUUCCCGCUGACCGGAUGGUGCAUGGUUUUGUGUGCUGCCUGCAUCCCACAGAUGGGGUUUUGCUUGUUUGUGCAGACCGGUUGCUGGCAUGCCGUGCCCCGGUAUUGAUCCACAGACCAGGGGUUGGGAGCCCCUGUUCUAUAAGAGGAAACUGAAACACCAAAUGAUCAUGAUAGAUCAAAGUAAUUAACUGAAAACAGCAGCAUUAAAUUUAGAGAUCAGUGUAAAUUUACACAGGUAUAAGAUGGAUUUUAUUGGAAGGCCAUUUGGGUCAUCUGCAAUUGGAUGAGUCAGCAGUGAGAUGCCAAAAAAAAGGGGGGUUACCACACUAAUAAUUGCAAAUGACAUAAAGCAAAUGGCUUUACUACUUCAUUUCGCUUUGGUUGGACUUGGACCUUGAAACAAGGUUAGAAAAAGCAGUAAGGAUCAACAGGUAAUUAGAAAUUAAGCUUAAUGAAGGGCGUCUAUGGAGAGGGAUACAUUUAAAUUUGGCAAUAUUGAAGGAUUUGAUAUCAUUUUCCAGAUACCUGAUAGAAUGUCACAUAGAACAAAGUCAGGACCUGUUCCUUUUUGUUCUGGAAUGCAAGAACUGCAGUAAUGGAUUUAUGUUACAGUAAGGCAGAUUCUGACUACUGUAAUUCCUAAUAGUAACAAUAAUUUGACAGCGGAACCAAUUACUUGGAGAGGAGGAUUCUGCAAAUGUUCAAACAGAAGUUAAAUAGGUGUUUAUGUAAAUGCUUCCAUUUGGAUUCCUAUAUACCCAGGGAGGCACAAUUCUAUGCACAAAUCGUCCUUCGCUGCUUUUGAGAAAACAUCCUAACCUACCCACUCCUCCAGCUGGGCGACAGAAAGAAUAUUUAUGAUGAUUUGCAAUAUCCAAGAAAGGGUCUCAAUAUAUUAAAUUUCCAAUACGCACACACACACAAAAACCUCAAACCGCUUAAAAAGUUUCUGAAUCCUAUUUCGAAAUGAGGCGCUCGAAAUGGGAUUCAACGGAGUCUUUAAAGGCCAAGAGUGAGGAGCGAAAAGCGCGUGAGGACUGAUGUUUCCUUAAAAUUCUUGGGCAAAGCUUGAAAAACGAAACUCUGCGAGGCGGGUCCAUCUGCCUGCCUGAACCACUAUUCUGCACCUCGCCCCUUAAGAGGGUUUUCCAGGUAGACUCGACAAGUACACGUUGCUCAAACCCGUCAAAGCCUACGGGUCUUACUUGUUGGCUGCCUACCCGUCCAUUCCUGGCCGUCUUUAGCUUGCAGUAGAGACAAUCAUCCCAAAAUAAAGUCAUUCUCCUCUCUAGUCUUUGGGGUCAGGCAAAUAAACACCCACCCCUCUCGUUCCUCUUCCUUUGCUGCCGCCUCCACCUCCCUGGACAGAAGGGUCUUCAGCGGUGCACGCCCGCGCGCUCCCGAGGCAGCCAGACUCAGUCAGUCAGUCAGACCGCCAAGCCACUCAGAAGGGAUUCCUGGCUGAGUUCCAGGUCGGCGCACUAAUACAAGCUGCUAGGCUCCCGCCUGACUGACGCCACGCUCGCUCGCUCGAUCCCUGGCUGACUGGCUGGCUGGCUGGCUGCUGCUGCUGCUGCUCUCGCUUGCUCUGGCCUCUGCCGCCGCCGAGCUCCUGCAGCCGCGUCCCUUCACGUUAGGAGGGGGAAGUGUGAGCCACUCGCUCCAAAGAAGUUGGCGCAGUCCCGGGAAGGCGACGGCUGGGCAUCCGGCGGGAAGAGCAGGCGGCUGAGGCGUUCAACUUACGGGCCGGUACCUAUUUUCCUUAAUUACCUGGAGGAAUGUGAACAGUGCUUUUUUUGUAAAAAAAAAAAAAAAAAAAAAAAGUGCCGGAACUCACAUAUGUCAUACAACCCACCUUGCCUACCCUACAAGGUUCCAUCCAAAAAAGGUGCCGGAACUCCGUUCUGGGCGUUCUAUGACAAAAAAAAGCCCUGAAUGUGAGUAUAUGUUUUUCUUGAAACAUUCUUUCAUUUUAUAACACCGGCUCUUUGAAAAGAACCAAUACUUACUUUUGUUUUAUUUUAUUCUGUUUUUAUCAGCUUUUAGAUAUAAGCCACAACUGAAGUCAAAGGAGCCAGUACUAUAAAAUGAAAGAAUGGAAAUAGUUCCACAGAGCUGGGCAUCAUCCUAAUUGUUCUCUCCUUGAAGAUACUGGGAUUAAAUAUAUAUCCAGCAAAACCCAGAGUAUGUGGAGAAAAGACUGAUUUUGAAGGAGUAUUUCUUCUAGUGGUGAGAUUCUUCAUUAAAGAAAAAUAAAUUGAAUAAUUGAAAUUAUACCAGUAAUCUCGGAUUCUUAUGCACUCCAGCACCCCUAUAAGUUCUCUGUUCUCCUUCACCAGCCCAGCUGUAAAGAGGCUAUUGGGCUGGAAGCAAGGAGAUGAAGAGGAAAAGUGGGCAGAAAAAGCUGUGGACUCCUUGGUAAAGAAGCUGAAGAAAAAAAAAGGUGCCAUGGAGGAACUGGAGAGGGCACUUAGCUGUCCUGGGCAGCCCAGUAAGUGUGUGACAAUCCCACGCUCUUUGGAUGGAAGGCUGCAAGUAUCUCAUCGCAAAGGUUUGCCACAUGUCAUUUACUGCAGAGUGUGGCGCUGGCCUGAUCUACAGUCUCAUCAUGAGUUAAAACCUCUGGAAUGCUGUGAAUUCCCAUUUGGCUCAAAGCAGAAAGAAGUCUGCAUUAAUCCUUACCAUUAUCGAAGAGUGGAAACCCCAGUGUUACCUCCAGUGUUGGUUCCAAGACAUAGUGAAUUCAACCCACAUCUUAGUCUCCUUGCCAAAUUCCGGAACACAUCUCUUCACAGUGAGCCACUGAUGCCUCACAAUGCAACUUACCCUGAUUCUUUCCAGCAGCCUCCCUGCACCACUUUCCCAGCAUCCCCCAAUAUGUACUCUCAGUCAUCAAGCAGUAUGAGCUACCCAGACUCCCCGGGAAAUUCUUCUGCACCGGGAAGUCCUUAUGAGCUCACAGCUGAUACACCUCCUCCACCUUAUAAUGCCAGAGAAACACCACGAAACCACAAUGGAUGUCCUGUACAUGCAGUUAUAGACAGUCCAUUAGUGCUGUCAUUGCCCAAUGGAGGUAAAUCUACUGAUGGAGAACCUAAAAACUUCCGACCUGUUUGCUAUGAGGAACCGCAGCAUUGGUGUUCAGUUGCAUACUAUGAACUUAAUAACAGAGUUGGAGAGACUUUUCAGGCCUCUUCUCGAAGUAUACUAAUAGAUGGCUUUACAGAUCCUUCAAACAAUAAGAACAGAUUUUGCCUUGGAUUGCUGUCCAACGUUAACAGGAACUCUACUAUAGAAAAUACCAGAAGGCACAUAGGAAAAGGUGUUCACCUGUAUUAUGUUGGGGGAGAGGUAUAUGCAGAGUGUGUGAGCGACAGCAGCAUUUUUGUACAGAGCCGCAACUGUAACUAUCAGCAUGGUUUCCACCCAGCCACUGUCUGCAAAAUCCCCAGUGGAUGCAGCUUGAAGAUUUUCAACAACCAACUCUUCGCUCAGUUGCUUGCCCAGUCAGUUAACCAUGGCUUCGAGGUGGUGUAUGAGCUAACCAAGAUGUGCACCAUCCGGAUGAGCUUUGUUAAAGGCUGGGGAGCAGAAUACCAUCGCCAGGAUGUUACAAGUACUCCUUGUUGGAUUGAGAUCCAUCUUCAUGGACCUUUGCAAUGGCUAGAUAAAGUGCUGACACAAAUGGGUUCCCCACAUAACCCAAUAUCCUCUGUUUCGUAAGAAUUAUCUCCACACACUCUAGGGGACAAAUAGUGCUUUUGGCCUUGGCUUGUAGGAUUCUUCCUUAAAUUUCUGUAUAUAGCUGUAAAUAUGAUAUAACAUACUAUUAGUGUUUUUCAUGCUGUAUUACAUGUUUCAUUAGUUAAUAAGACUGCAAAAAGUACAGUACUUUGUCAUUGUAUUCUGUCUAUUAAUGAAGCCAUAGAAAUAUGUCUUGCCUAUUUUUUUUGUAAGGAAUGAGACCAGUAUUGUUUGCACUUUGUAAAAAACUAUAUAUCAAAGUUAAAUUCUGAAAACAAUAAUGCUGAUUUCAAAUGCAGCAAAUGGUACCUCUGUUCAGAGUGGCAGUUUAUUGAUACCAUCAAGCAGAUGCUUCUGGAAAUUUAGAAUAUCGUGACUGUGGUUUGUCCAUUUUGUCCCUAGCAUGUGGAUUUCAACAUAAAAUUUUAUUGUUUGUGAUUACAAAGGUUAUAUUGUGUACAAUUAACAAUUAUAAGCCUGCAAAUGGAACCUUCUCUAAAUACCAGGCCUCUCUGUCAUUGGUUUGAAGAGAAAUUUGAGACUGAACGAAACCUCCUGCUUUGUGAUAUAAAAAACAUUACCUAUCCGAUUCCAAGAAUUAUUAAAUUUGUUGUUCAGUAAUGAUGAGGUAAUGAUGGGAAGAGGCAAUAUAAAGCUGCUAUACUUUGAAUUCCAUUCUUUGUAAUACCUAGAAUGAUUUCUACCUAGCUAGCAGGACAUUGUAGUCCUUCACACAUGCUUCAUCUGCAGUGGAAAGGAAGAAAUAUUUAAUAUAUUAACCCCAAGACAUGACUAAUUGGCCAUAUGUUAUGGGCCUUGAUAGUAGAAAUGGACAGUUGACCAAUGACAAUCGCAAUUUUCUUAAUACAAAACAAAACAGUAGAUUCAUGUGUUGCCAAACUUCUCUCAGACUCUUCAAAUUCAUCAUUUACAAAGUAAAUAGCAUUUCAGUAAAAAUACUACUACUCUUCCUUCCACACAUCUUAAUUAUUGAUAAGCAUAGUAAAUGAAGGCAAUUGUUAUCGACAAUGAACCUGAGUGGAAGGUAAUUAAUAUAUUGUUAAUAUGUGCUAGCCUUUGCUUCAGUUUAUGUAUUACUUAUUUGAUCAGUCACUUUGUACAUAAUAUUGAAUGAUAAAAAAUACACUGGAAUAGCCCCAAAUUAUUAACUUGCUGCAAAAUGGAUCAAAUUUAAUAACAAAUCUAAAAAUGCAUUUGCCAGAAAAGAAAAAUCAGCUGAUAGCACUUAAGUAUUUAAGUCUAAGUACACAUCUUUAUACAAUUCUGCUAAUCAGAGCAUCAGUUUGCCCUUGAAUGUUCUAUUACCAAGUUAUUUCUUUAAAUUGUUCUUACUUUGGGGUAUCCCAAUCCUAAUUCGAUCCUUUGACAGAUAGAUAUCUCACCCUCCAUUGUUAACCUAGAAGCAAGUAAUUUAUGGAGAAAAAUGGAUUAAUGACAUCAAAUUGUACAUUCAAUACACCUUAAAGAAUGAGAGUGGGAUAUAGGUUUCCUGCACGUAUGGAUUUCUACAAGGUGUCUUUUGAGAAUUAAAGAUUUGACAGAGAUAAGUUUUAGAAAAUUGAUAAAGACUGUAAUUGAUAAAGACUGGAAAUUUUAUUCUUCAAUUGCAUUGUUAAAAUGUUUUAAAUAUAAUUGUAUCAAAGAAAAAACUUAAUAGCAUUGCCAAAGAGGGAUUCUAUAAUAACCUCACAGGCAAAUAUAAUUUGAGAUCUACAAACUAUAAUCAGUUUUAUUAGAUAUAUGAAAUCUUACUUUCUGCUUACAGAAAGUGCAGAAAGUGCAGCUGGAAGAAAAACCUAACUUAAGACUAAAUAAUAAAAUUAAAAAGUUUUAAGCCCUAAUACAAUUAUGACAAGCUUUUUGAAUUUCAUUCUUAAAUUUUACAGUUUAACUAAACAAUAUAUGGACAAUCAAUAUUUAAAAGGGUUAAAAUUGAUUUAGAAAAUAAGUGGAACUAUAUUUGUCAUAAGGUGCCUUUGCAUGACAUAAUGAACCACAAACUAGCCAAUCUUAUUUAGCCUAGCCCACUUGUCCAAUUUAGUUUAAUGAAUUAUGUAAAUACAAGAAAUUUGGUUGGGCAAACCAUGGAUAAUUUUACCUCAGUGUGUUGUGUGAACACAGUCAUAAAGUAAUCAGUGUGUAAUAUUUGUUAGGAUGUGCAUUCAUAGUAAUUCCUUUAUUCACUUGUGAACAACACAUUUAUAAACAUAUCAAACAGUGUUUCAAAUAAAAAUCUCAGUGACAUCUACUGCAGUGUGAUAUUUUCAACCGAUGCAGAACAGAAAUACCUUAAAUCCUUAUUGAUAUAUGAUUAUUAUGCCUAUAAGCUUGGUUUCUUUUUCUGGAAUGGUAGGAUAACAACUAAUAAAAAAGGAAAAAAUAGCUAAAAUAGCAGAAUACUGCUGUAUGUAAAACAACUGUCCUAGGAAUUUAUAAACCUAGAGCUCUCUCAGCCAUGAAGCAUAGCUAAAUGCAACACAUGCUGUAUAGAAAAAUAUUUACUGCUAAAUUGUACUUGGAAAAAAAAAUCAUACGAUUACUUCUUUCAGAAUUCAGCUAAGACUGCCUGCAUAAAAAUGGCCCCUUUAGAUAGAUUUUUCUGUGCCCAAAUGUUUUUGUACAACUAUUGAAAAUAUGUAAAUUUAAAGCUGUUAAAUGUGUUUAUAAAUAUGCAGUGCUUUGAAAUUUAAGUCAUUUGGCAGAAAAACCAUUUAUCAGCAACUAGUUUAGGGGAAAUCAUUUCUUAAAAAUAGUUAUAUAUGUUCAAAACACGUUCAGCCUUUUGGGGAACAAUCUGGAAGUACUGGGAAGCUGUAUGAUAUUCAAGAUUAAUUCAUAGAAAACUAAAUGGUCUGUUAUUUAUUAUAUGCAGGUCAACUAUUUCCUUAUUUAAAAACCUGUAGGAAAAAAGUCUGUUUUUAUUGAUUAAAAUUGAAUUUUAUUAAUGA